AUGUUUCUUCCAUUGCUGCUGCUGAUCUGCUCUCUCUCUUCAGCUCAGAUUCAAGCCUUCGAGUCUGACAAUGAACUUGGAGUAAAUUUAAGACAAACCGAGGUGACAGGAGGAGAAGCAGGAAAUGUCUCUGAGCAACAACCGACGUGUACGCAGGAUCUCCAUGCAGUGCUGAGGGAGAUGAGCGGCGUGUUGGCUGGACUGAAGGUUGAGAUGAGAUACUUGCAGCGUGAUAAUACAGAACAAGCAAAAAAGAGCAGAGAAUUGGAGCAGCAGUACCAAGCACAAUCAGCUAAGGUUAAUCAACUGGAGUCACAAAAGACGGAGCUGAAGCAACAGUACCAAGAGCAGGCAGCUAAGCUGGCAGAGCAGGCAGCUGAACUGCUCACCAUUAAAGCCAGAGCAAAUACAACAGAAAACCAUGUGAACACUCUGACAAGAGAAGGAGAAGAACAAGCAGCAAGGCUGAGAGAACUGGAGUCACAAAAGACGGAGCUGAAGCAACAGUACCAAGAGCAGGCAGCUGAACUGCUCACCAUUAAAGCCAGAGCAAACACAACAGAAAACCAUGUGAACACUCUGACAAGAGAAGGAGAAGAACAAGCAGCAAGGCUGAGAGAACUGGAGUCACAAAAGACGGAGCUGAAGCAACAGUACCAAGAACAGGCAGCUGAACUGCUCACCAUUAAAGUCAGAGCAAACACAACAGAAAACCAUGUGAACACUCUGACAAGAGAAGGAGAAGUGAAACGAGUGGCUUUCUCAGCAUCUUUGAUCACUUCUGUUGAAGAAACUAUCGGACCAUUUAACGCACACACCAACCUGAUCUUCAGAAACGUUGUUUCAAAUGUUGGAAAUGCCUAUAACCCAAACACAGGCUUUUUCACAGCCCCAGUGAGAGCAGCCUACCACUUUGAGUUCUACCUUCAUGGACACGGACAUUCUUCAUAUGCUACUGCUGCUGCGCUGGUCAAGAAUGGAGACCAUGUUGUUCUUGCCUAUGAACAUCAGACUUCAGGGUCUGUUAAUCCUGCUAAUGGUGUCACUUUGUUAUUAGAGGUUGGAGAUGUUGUGUUUUUACGUCAGUGGGCAAACACAAGGAUUUACGACAGUCAUAAUCACCAUACUACCUUUAGUGGCCAGCUUCUUUUCACAUUGUGAGAGUUCUUCAGUUCACUGAUACUCAUGCAGUUUAUUAUCAGAAUGUAUCUUUGUAUUUCAGUUUUCUAAUUGAUGUAAACACAGUCUUCCUAUUAAAGUUUUAUUUUCAGCUG